AUGUUCAGAACCAGUUUCUAUUUGGCACUUUUUGCACUUGUUGCAUCAACGUUGGCCUUGCCAGCCGAAGAGUACAACUAUGACCUCGAACCCGAUUACCAAUUUUAUCGACUUAGACGUUCCGUAGAACAGGACAUCCCAGCUGAAGAAAAUGAAUACGUUCCAGCUGAAAUGUUGUAUGAACUCCACCGAGAAAGACGUUCACUGCAACCUGGAGCUCCGAACAUCCCAGGACCUUCGAAACAAGACGGAGGAUGGUCGGUGAAUCCCAGCGUUUCAAGAGAUGACCGUGGAAACACCCAAACGAAUGUUGAAGUUGGUCAUAAGGGAAAGAAUCACGAUUUUAAUGCUGGGUGGGGGAAAGUUGUCAGAGGACCUGGAAAAGCGAAACCUACUUGGCAUGUGGGUGGAACCUACAAGUGGUGA